UGUGCCAUUUUUAGCUUUCCAAUAUAACUAAACCAUGCUAGCUUUUUCCCAUAGAUAGAUAAAAGUAUAUAUUUUCAUCUCUCCUUCAGGGUGGUGGGCAACGCCACCGGCUACCUCCCCCGCCAUCAUCAAUCAUCCUCAUAACAAUACCAUUUCAAUUUCCACACAACAAUCACCAACAUCAACAAUGUCAAUGCUAGCACCCCCAUUUCAACUCUUAGAAAUGAACAUCAUAUCAGCACAAGAUCUAUCACAAGUUUCUAAAUCAAUCAAAGCCUACGCAGUUGCAUGGCUCAAUCCAGAACGCAAGUUAACCACCCAAAUUGAUCCUCACGGUCACAACAACCCUACCUGGAACGAAAAAUUCGUUUUCCGCAUCGACGAUGAUUUCCUCCAAUCCGAUGAUUCCUCCGUCAUGAUCGAAAUCUACUCGUCCACUUGGCUCCGCGAUGUCCUCAUCGGAACCGUCGGCGUUCAUCUCAACAGUCUCAUACCUCGUUCAGGUAACCGCAAAUCGAAGAUCCGUUUCGUCGCGUUACAGGUUCGUCGUCCCUCCGGUCGUCCUCAGGGGAUUCUCAACAUCGGCGUUAAUCUCGUCGACGCUACGUUGAGAAGCAUGCCGAUGUAUUCUGAGCUUAGUGGUUCCGCGAUUGAAUAUUACGAUAUAACAAACCCUAAAAAAAAGAAUCAAACCGAAAACAAUAAUUAUGAUGCUAAGCUUAUGAUGACGCUUCAACGAUCACAGAGCGAGAAAAACGAUUCGACGAUUAAUGAUUAUACUUAUAAUCCUGACGGAAAAAACGGUUACGGCGAUGAAUCUGAAUCUGAAAUCAGUGUUCCGAAUCCGACUGGCAGGAAAGGUGUGAUCGUGAACGCCAACGGAUCAUUAUGUUCUGACGUCGGGCCUUCUCCGUCGGUUGUGGCAGCAGCUAUAGCAAAAGGACUGUAUCCAUUGCCAUUGCAGAUGCCGCGAAAAACAAUGAAUUCCACUUCAAUGUUUGAGAAAUGGCCGCCGGAGAAAGAGAAUGGCGGGGAACGGCUGAAUAUGAAGAUGGAUCGGUGGAGAACGAUAGAGUUGCCGCCACCGGUGUAUGAUCAUUUGGGGAAGGAUAAUAAUAGUGUCGAACAGAAAAAGGUGGCGAAACCAACUGCAAAAGGAAAAGGUAAGAAUCAAAAAUCACGGCAAAAUGGACCGUUUUCGUGCUUUGGAACAGCAUUAGGGUGUGAGAUUUCAAUAACUUGUGGCGGGGGUAACGGUAAGAAGAGGGUUGGUGGUGGCAAUAACAAGCCUCGAGCUGUUACUGCAUCUGAACUUACUUAUGAUGAAUCCUCAUAUAUGGGAUGAAGUGCAUGUAUGUUGUAAAACUAAAUUUUAUUGUUAUGGUUGUGUUGUGAUUCAUAUAUAGUUUGGGUUAGAAGUAGAAAUGUGAUUUACCCUUUCUUUCUUUCUCAACUGAUUUAUCAUAUGUUGAGGAUGAGAUAAUGUAUAUCAAAAUUGAAUAUUGAUUUAAUCAUAAUUUGUUGA